GUGGGUUCUUGGUUCAUUGCCGCUUUGGAGCAAGAAAUGAUGGGGGCGAUUCUUGGAAUAGGGCUUUCCUGGCUGGAGCGCUAUAUAUAUGAUUACCUUGUGAAGAGGCAAUUGCAUGCUUCUGCUAAGGCAUUCCAAGCUGAAACCAAAGUGCCUACCGCUCCUCCUGUUAUCGAAGCACCUGGUGGUUUUUUGCUGGAAUGGUGGUCUGUGUUCUGGGACUUCUUCGUUGCAAGGGCAAAUGAAGCGCAGCAGCAGCAACAGCAGCAGCAACAACAACAGCAGCAGCAGCAACAACAACAACAACAUCAACAACAACAGCAGCACCAGCUGCAGAGAAGAGACGGCGGCCAUAAUCCGAAUGCAGCUGCAAAUUCAUCGCUUGCUGGUAAUGAUGCUCCAAGACACACAUCUCCAACUGCCAGUGCUAUGGCGACAAAAUUGUACGAGGAUAAGCUGAAGCAUCCACUUCAGAGAGAGUCAUUGGAGGAUGCAGCUAAGAAGCUGGAUUGGGAGGCCAGCCUCAAGGGUAAUUCUUGUCCUGCUUUGUUCGAUUAUUGGGUGUCUAGAGUUCAGCUUUUGAAAUCACUCUUGUACAUAUACUUGGGCAGUCAAACUAUGCAUGGUCCAGCUGGAAGUUGGGGAAAUCUGCAACAUUCUCAUAACCGAAAUCAGCAACUACCUAUGUCCUCUCAGGAUGACAUAAACAAUGAGAUGAGUACAAUGAUGAUUCCUUGGUCUUCUGGUGCAGAAGGAAUGUCAGUUGGAGUUCAUGGGCUGAAUCAAGGCGGAAGCAAUUUGCCACUGGAAGGAUGGCCCUUAACUGAUCAAUUUGGUCUUCUUCAGCAUCAAAGGUUGAUGCAAAGUCCUCAGCAGCUUAGUAACAUUGGAUCACCAAUGCAAGUUGGUUCCCAUGGAAUGCCACGAGACACGGAUAUUCUAGUCAAUUUACAGCAGAAACAACUUCAAGACAACAACCAGCAACUGUACCCGCGACUCCCACUUUCAAGUCAACAGGCACAAAAUUCAAAUCCCUUGCUGCUGCAGCAGCAGCAGGACAGAAUGAUUGGUUCUGGUGGCAUUACUGCAGAUGGUAGCAUGUCAAACACCUUUCACAGAACUGACCAGGCUGAUAUGGAUAUGAUUCUAGAUGACAAAACUCUGGAUGAUAAUGUCGAAUCUUUCUUUUCGCAUGAUUCUGGCGAUCCAAGGGACAAAGUUGGUCUGUCUACUGAUGUCACUAAAGGUAGGUCUAAGGCUAAAGUAUUUUCAUGGCUAGGAUUCAAAUUUUCGGAGAUCCGGGUCCUGCCAGCCAGCACAAGUAAAGUUGAAUGCUGUCACUUCUCAUCAAAUGGAAAGCUGCUUGCUACUGGCGGACAUGACAAAAAAGUGACACUUUGGAGCACAGAAUCUUUCACAGUAAAUUCUGCACUUGAAGAACAUUCACAGUGGAUUACUGAUGUCCGUUUCAGCCCAAGCAUGUUGAGACUUGCUACAUCUUCUGCUGACAGAACUGUUAGAGUUUGGGAUGCUGAUAAUGCAGGCCACUCACUUCGGACCUUCACAGGACAUUCUGCAAGUGUCAUGUCAGUUGAUUUCCACCCUACUAAAGAGGACCUUUUAUGUUCUUGUGAUGGUAAUAAUGAGAUGCGCUACUGGAGUAUCAAGAACGACAGUUGUGCUGGAGUUGUCAAGAAUGCUAUGAAGAUGAGAUUUCAACCUCGCCAUGGAAGGCUCCUUGCAGCAAUGGCUGAAAAUUUGGUUUACAUACUGGAUGUCGAAACUCAAGUUGGGAAACUCGAAUUACAGACUCUGGAGCUGUGGGACAUGGCUGAAAACAAGACGAUGACCAUUCAAGCACACGCGCAAAAGGUUUCCGCCUUGGCAGUAUCAAGCGACAACGCCUUGGUAGCUACAGCGAGCCACGACAUGGUUGUCAAGCUCUGGAAGUGA